AUGGACACAUCUUCAAAGACGUGGCUGCCGCAUCAGAGUCAGUUUGGGUUGGUUGGUCAAGCGGAGGUUUGCUGUGGCGGACCUGGAGUUUUAACCCCAAACCAAUCUCGCAGGGCAAGUUUUGCCUCUGUAAGACAGUCAAGCAUGGAGACCCCUCCCAAUGCCACCCCACAGCCCUUCAGACAGCCGGUGAGUACAGCAAUGUCGAGUUUUCUCAAUCGAAGGCUGAAGGGCUCCAUCAAGAGGGCCAAAAGUCAGCCCAAACUGGACCGGACCAGCAGCUUCAGACAAAUGAUUUUGCCCCGGUUUCGAAGUGCUGACCAAGAGAGGACUCGCUUGAUGCAGAGCUUCAAAGAAUCCCACUCCCAUGAAUCCCUACUUUCUCCUAGCAGUGCUGCGGAGGCUUUGGACCUAGUUUUGGAUGAAGAUGCCAUAAUCAAACCUGUCCACUCGAGCAUUUUAGGACAAGAGUACUGCUUUGAGGUUACCACCAAUUCAGGGACAAAAUGUUUUGCUUGCCGUUCUGCUUCCGAGAGAGACAAGUGGAUUGAAAAUCUGCAACGAGCUGUCAAACCUAACAAGAACUCCUCGUUUCCGUCCCAGGACAACAGCAGACGGACGGACAAUGUGCUCAAGUUGUGGAUCAUUGAAGCUCGAGACCUUCCGGCUAAGAAACGCUACUAUUGUGAACUGUGUCUGGAUGACAUGCUGUACGCACGCACCACCAGCAAACCCCGGACCGACACCGUGUUCUGGGGCGAGCAUUUUGAAUUUAACAAUUUGCCUACCAUUCGUAGCCUUCGUUUGCACCUCUACAAGGAAACUGACAAAAAAAGACGCAAGGAGAAAAGCACAUAUCUUGGCCUUGUCAGCAUCCCCAUCUCCAGCAUCACGGGCCGGCAGUUUGUGGAGCAGUGGUACCCGGUGAUACAGUCCAGUGUGUUGGCCAAAAGCGGUGGUGUUGGAAGUACCAAAGUGAUCAACGCAUCACUGCGUGUCAAGUCUCGUUACCAGACAAUGAACAUCCUUCCUAUGGAGCUGUACAAGGAGUUUGCGGAGUACAUAACCAACAACUACAGAACACUUUGUGCUGUUCUGGAGCCGCUGUUGAGCGUGAAAAGCAAGGAGGAGGUGGCGUUCGCUCUGGUGCACAUCCUACAAAGCACAGGGAAGACAAAGGAGUUCCUGUCAGACAUGGCAAUGUGUGAGGUGGAUCGGUUCAUGGACCGUGAGCACUUGAUCUUUCGUGAGAACACGCUAGCUACGAAGGCUGUGGAAGAGUACCUCAAACUGAUAGGUCACAGAUACCUCAAGGAAGCUAUAGGUGACUUCAUUCGAGCCUUAUAUGAGUCUGAGGAAAACUGUGAGGUGGAUCCCAUGCGUGUCCCGCCGUCUGUCCUCGCUGACCAUCAAGCCAACCUUCGAAUGUGUUGUGAGCUGUUACUCUGCAAGAUCAUCAACUCCCUCUGCAUAUUUCCCCGAGAGCUGAAGGAAGUUUUUGCUUCUUGGAGAGCCAGAUGUGCUGAGCGUGGAAGAGAGGAUCUUGCCGACAGCCUCAUCAGCUCCUCCCUAUUUCUUCGCUUCAUGUGCCCAGCCAUCAUGUCCCCCUCCCUGUUCAACUUAAUGCAGGAGUACCCCGCUGAGCGCACGUCACGCACACUCACGCUCAUUGCCAAGGUGAUGCAGAACCUCGCCAGCUUCAGCAAAUUUGGACCCAAGGAGGAAUACAUGUACUUCAUGAACGAGUUUCUGGAGAUGGAGUGGGGCUCCAUGCAGCAGUUUCUCUAUGAGAUUUCCAACAUGGAGGCCUCAGGAAACGCUGGAGGGUUUGAGGGCUACAUUGACCUCGGAAGAGAAUUGUCCAUGCUGCACAGCUUACUGUGGGAAGUCAUGGGCCAGCUAAGUAAGGAUGCUAUUCUUAAACUUGGACCCCUACCAAGGCUGCUGAAUGACAUCAGCGUCGCCCUGAGGAACCCGCAGCUCCACAUGCCUACAAAUCACCAGCCGGACAGACCGAAGGACAGACUCUUCUCGCGGCCAUCUUUCAAUCGUCUAAUGUCUUCUGAUUUCCAAAGCCUUAUGAUGCGUGACUUAAACAGUUCAAUAGACAUCUCUCGACUGCCAUCCCCCACGACUGGAGUCUCAGCUGUAGAAUCCCUCUCAUCUAAUCUGAACAUGAGGCGCCAUGCAGAACGAGACCUCCGCUCGUCGAGGGAAGUGUUCUACGUGACCCGCCCGCCGCUGGCUCGAUCCAGCCCAGCAUACUGCACAAGCAGCUCGGACAUCACUGAACCUGAUCCAAAGGUCCAUAGUGUGAAUAAAAGUGUGUCCAUGAUGGACCUUCAGGAUUCUCGUAUGAACAGCAUUUCCAACCUCAACUCUGUGGGAGACAUGCUCACCUCCUCUCAGGCCUCUAUUGCCGGCCUGGGCCACAGCUUCGGAAACCUCUGCGGUCCUCUUCGUAUGGGAGGACAUAUGCCAGCGGGCUCUGCAGGCUCUGGUUUGAGGCUGAGCCAGAUGGGCCACAUAGGGGGGCCCACCGAAUCCAUCUCUCAACAGCAGCAGCAGGCAGCAGCAGCCAUGCACUUCCCCCUGUCUUUCCAAAACCCGCUAUUCCAUCUGGCCGCCCAGAACUCCCCGGCUCAGUCUCAGCCUCACCCCCCUCCUCUCCUCCUCGCCCCAGAGCCAGAGAAUGGCCACCACGACUAUGCACCGUCCUUUGGCAACAGUGCUUUCUCCCGCAGUGAGGACUUGUCCGCCUUGCGGUCACAAAGCAGUCUGGUGCAGCCCAGCAUUGUCCACUCACACAGUUACAGUGAUGAUUUCACCCGGCAGAAUCAGAACAAUGACUUCGCCUGGCACCAACUGUCACUGCAGGUGCAGGAGUCUCUUCAGCAACAGCACCUUAUGGGAGUUGUAUCUCAGUCUGGCACUGGGACGGGCACACCCGCCUCCUUGGCCACACCACCUACUACAGUUCACCCUGUACGCCAUUCGUCUAUGGCGCCGGCACAACACCUCAAGUCACAGCGGUCCAUUAACACUCCUGCCACCGCCACACCUCCAAAAGCUCGCCCACAGAGCAGGAACCUCCUCCUCGACUCUUCUGACACAAACUUCAGUGGCAGUCAGCCUAAAUCGCGUCAGCAACAGCAACAUCAACAGCAAAAUCAGCAGCAACAUCAGCAGCAGCAACAUCAGCAGCAGCAACAUCAGCAGCAACAUCAGCAGCAACAACAACAAGAAGCGCAGCUGUCGGUGACAGACAGUCCAGCUCCCGGACUCCCAUACCAGACAAGCUCCGCCAAAGAGAACCAGGCCCCUCAAGCAGCUGCAGAGGAGUCAACAGACACGCCCACAAAAAGCACCAAGAAGUCUCAACAGACACAACUACAGCCGCCACAGCAGCAUCUGCUCAAACCAGGCAAUAAACAGGGUUCUCCGUCGACCUUGAACACCUCGGCCCUCAAUGAACGGACAGUCGCUUGGGUGUCCAACAUGCCACAUCUCUCUGCUGACAUUGAGAGCCUGCGGCCGGACCGUGAGGGUCAGCUCAAGGAGUACUCCAAGAGCAUGGAUGAGUCGCGACUAGAGAGGGUAAAAGAGUACGAAGAAGAGAUACAUUCAUUGAAGGAGCGGCUGAAGAUGUCUCAUCGCAAGCUUGAAGAAUAUGAGCAGAGACUUGUGUCGCAGGAACAGCAGACAAGCAAAAUCCUAAUGCAGUAUCAGAACCGCCUGGACGACAGCGAGCGCCGUCUUAAGCAGCAGCAGGUGGAGAAGGACUCUCAAAUCAAAGGCAUCAUCAACAGACUCAUGGCUGUGGAAGAUGAGCUGAGAGGGGGUGCCAUUCCUGAUAUUAAGCCUCGAAUCCUCACAGACCAGUCUAUCAACCAGGUCUAUGGACAUCCCGGAUCCUGA